ACCAGCGCGCUGAGAACGAAACCGACGCGAGAUCAGCGUCAGAGCACGACAGGUAGCGCGAGACCAGGUGAGCGCUAAUGGAGAGAGCCGUGAUCAAAUACAGGCACUGCGGAAGAAACAUUCACCGUUUCUCAGCUCCAGACGCCUCAUACUCUCCUCGAGCCGAUGAUUCACAGCGCAGGUGUCCGGUCUGUCAGCAGACUCUCGCAUUUGGACUUUUAGACGCACCUGUUGCGCUUACCUGUCCGAUUAGAAAUGGACACACAGUCCCCUGUGCAUUUCUGAUAGGAUCUAUGCACGGACCAUCACAUCUUGGAGAAUGGCAUGACACAGAGAUUCACGUGGGACUCUCAAAUUCAGAAGGUCUGGUCUAUAACUACACCCUGUCAGGGGUCCGGAGAGACGUCCGCGGCUGGGAACAGUGUGUCAGCAUACGGCUCUGCCCUCCGUGGAGACAUGAGCUCAGGGAAUCAUGGGACAGAGAGCUGGAGCAGUUUUCUGCACUGCCAGAAUGGGUCUCAGAGCGGUUUGAUGAGGAAAGGGAGUUUGGAUCGUGCUGUUAUGGUUUCGCUCUGACCUUCAUUAACCACAUGCGCUCGUUGGAUGGGAAAGCAUCUCUGAGCAGAGACCAGUUCACAGGAUCUCACAUUUUACCCAGAAUGAAGACCGUGUCGCUAUACAUCAACAUCUAUCAUGCAAUAUUACAACAUGGAUUUUACAUCGCUAAUACAGAUCAUGACAUGUGAUACACGCUUCUUCAUAAAACACUAUA